AGUAUAAUCUCGUGACGACCGAGAGGAGACGAGGGAGAGAGGGGGAGACGAAAUGCUGAGAGGGGAAGCACUGGGAGCGUACAGGGCUCUGCUGAGAGCCACCCGGAAGACCUUCGCGGGGGACUCCUUCAUUCUGUCGGAGUCGGCGGCUGAGAUCAGGGCCAAGUUCGAGUCCAACCGCAACGUUACCUCCGAGCCCGAGAUUCGCAGGCUACUCGACGAGGCCGGCGAGGCCUCCCACUUCAUCUCCACCAUGAUCAUCCAGGCCAAGCUCAACUCUCGUGGCGGUUACGUGGUGAAGCCUGGUAAAGAGCAUGCAGGAGCAACCCUUGAACUUGCUUCUGAAGAGAUUUUGAAGGUGUGAGGAGAAUAUGUAUAAGAGGUAGAUAAAUGCUUCGCUAAAAUAAAUGGAGAUUUCACUUGCCCACAUUAUGCCUUAAAACUACAAUUUUGCUGGCCUAUUCGAGGGACAGAUUAAGAAGAUUAACUUCUACUAACAAGUGUGCUUUCUUCUUAAUAAUGUUCGUUUGUUUUAUAAUUUCGUAAUUGAUGACGACGUGUCUUUGUGUCACACCUUGAGAUCAAGACCUUCAAAAGGGGAGAAGCUUUUCCAAUUAAUGGACGAUGUAACUUGUAUUAUUCUUUUCUUUAGAAGAAACUAAUAAAAAGAAAAUGUUAAACCUCUGAUUAUUUUGUGCGA